GCGGGGCAGUUUCAAGGCUCACCAACCGCGGGGCAGUAGGCGGCAUGGGUUCCAGCUGUUUCUGGGGAUCCACCUUUCGCUCUUUCUUAACCGUUGUAGCCCGUGCACACGCAUUUCCACGCCUCUCGGUAUGUUCGGUAAAGGUCACCACUCACCGACGGUGAGGAAGCUGGACAAUUUUUUGGCCCCAUUGACCAGACCCUGUCGACAAUCGCGACUCCAACCAGCUCAAUUGACACCCCUCCCGCCAAACUCACCUCCGCCAUAUUUUGAUGACCCUUGCGGAAAGAGAGGUUCAAGUGAGACCAAAAAGGCGGUUCCCGUUUCUUGGUGCGACAGUUAAUGAGGGACUCGUUCCCAGGGGCUUGAUUGCUUCACUUUUCUCAAAGAACCUCAACACAAACCCGCCACAAUGUCUCAAACUAUAGGCUCUACCCGCCUUGCCUACUCAAGAGUAUGGCACCACAUCUCCGCCUCGGCCCCCCACCCAACCCUCUCAACCGUCAAGUCCCCCCGGGAAGCUGUCACCCCCCCAUCGCUCGGCCGUCUCGCCUCCCGUAUCGCUAUGAUCCUCAUGGGCAAGCACAAGCCCAUCUGGGACCCCUCCACCGACUGCGGCGACUAUGUCGUCGUCACCAACUGCGCGGCGCUGUACACCACCGGUCACAAGAAGUGGAGGAAGACAUACUACCGCCACAACACCAGACCGGGUUCGCUGAGGACGAUUACGAUGGAUGUGCUUAUGGAUAAGUUUGGCGGUGCCGAGGUGUUGAGGAAGGCGGUUAGUGGCAUGCUGCCCAAGAACAGGUUGAGGGACAAGAGGCUGGCGAGGUUGAAGGCUUUCGAGGGGGAUGCCCAUCCGUAUAAGGAGAAUAUUAUCAGGUUUGGGGGGAAGAAGGUUGGCCAGACUGGGUGGGAGGAUAUUGUGAAAGCGGUUAGGGAAGGUGAUAAGGCUACGAUCCCGUCAUGAAGGGGUUAAGGCGCGGUGAUGGGUUGUAACGAUAGAGUAUAAAAUCACGGAAUGGAACUGGGUUUGGUAUACGUGACGUUGAAGGCUACUGAUGGCUGGUUUUUCUGAAAUUCAGAUAUCUGUAUUUGCACGGUAUGGGAUUGCCAGGGGGCGUAAAGUU